AUGAGCCACUCCCACAGUAAUACAAAUCACAGUAGCAGCAACACCAACACCGCGUCUACUCCAAUCGGUAAUAUUAGUCAACAUGGAUCACCAUCAGAUACAACACGCAAUCGAUCUUCAAGUCCUGUUACUGAUAGUCACGAAGAGGCAAGAUUGAAUGCCGAUUCUGAUGACGGAUCCCAUGCUUCACAAGAUCCGGGAAAAAUGUUCAUCGGAGGAUUGAGCUGGCAGACUACUGCAGAAGGUCUUCGCGAUUAUUUUAGUCGAUUUGGAGAAGUGAACGAGUGCAUGGUAAUGCGAGAUCCAGCUACAAAAAGAGCUCGCGGUUUUGGUUUUAUUACUUUCGUAGAUCCUGCUAGCGUAGAUAAGGUUCUUGCAACUCAGGAGCACGAACUUGAUGGCAAACGCAUUGACCCAAAAGUUGCAUUUCCAAAAAGAAGCCAAGCAAAGUUCACAAACUUUCAAAUUGUUGCUUUACAGAUGGUAACAAAAACAAAAAAGGUUUUCAUUGGUGGAUUGUCAGCUACGUCAACUCUCGAGGAUAUGAAAAGCUAUUUCGAAGCAUAUGGAAAAGUUGAAGAUGCUAUGCUCAUGUUUGACAAGGCUACACAGCGCCAUCGAGGGUUUGGUUUUAUUACGUUUGACAACGACGAGGUCGCCGAUAAAGUGUGUGAGAUCCAUUUCCAUGAGAUUAAUGGGAAAAUGGUUGAGUGCAAGAAAGCGCAGCCAAAAGAGGUAAUGCUUCCGGUGCAGUUGAAUAAAUCGCGUGCAGCAGCAGCAAGAAACCUCUACGGGCUGCCACCGGACCAAUUAUUGGCUUACGCCACCUAUAUGCCACGAUUUGGAGCGACGCUUGGUAAUUUCCUUUAUCCUGGAAAUGCGUUCAAUCAGCUGCCUUCAGUUUACUCCGGAUUGAAUGGCGCUGCCGGUUCUUCUUCUCGACCACCACCACAAUUCGAUGCAGGACUCUACAAUUUGAACGGAACCCCAAACGCCGCAGGUGCUCAACAUCUCGUCGAUUCCCAAGCUCAAAUGUUCCUCAGUCACCAAGCCAAUUAUCACGGCGCAACUCACAACAAGACUCAAUUCUAG